UCCCAUUAAACACUCACAUUAAAUUCACUAUAAAUAUAUUAUAUAUCAAAACCAAAUUAAUAGUAGUGCGACGACUACAACACCUAUCUACAGUCUCUACCCGCACCAGCACGUGCGAAGGCUUCCGCCACCGGCGCCGCCGGUUAUCCACCGCCGGUUUAUGGUGGAGCCAGGGAACAUUGUGCCGAUGGAAUUCAAAAGUAAUCGCUGGGCUGGGAACAUUUUCGACCAGUUGGAGCAAGUUUUUCGUACGGAUAUGGAUGAAUUGGUAAACAAGGAUACUUUGAAAUUUUUCGAGAACAAGGUGCAAAGUGUAGGCACGUCUGUCAAAAGACUUUACUCUGAUGUAGUGCAAGACAUAUUUCCACUCUCUGGGGAGGCUUCAGAGCCCGAACAACAAUUGGCUGCUGGUGAACAAGUUGAUGUACAGGAUGGCGUGUCAAUUUCUAGCACUAGAGCAACUUCCACUUGGGCUGAUGAAAUGCAACUGGCAAAUAAUCAUGUCUCCGAUUAUGACAAGGUGCGAAACUCUCAGCUGGCUGAUGUCCUGGAGGCACAAAAUAUGAGAGAACAAGAGAAUGGCAUGGUCCCAGAUAGCGAAGACAGUAUUACUGCAGAAAAGAAUGUUACAACAGAUUUGAAACCAGUGACUGCAAAUUCAAGUAUUGAUGGUGACAUUUUUUCGUCAGAGUUUGAUGAAGAUGUAUUUCCUUCACUUGCAUUUUCAGCCCAUGAAGAGGAAAGAAGGGAUUUGAACCAGCAAAAAGGAGAUGUGGUAUUCUCAGACAACACAAUACCUCCUUUUGAUUCUCCAACCGCUGCUUGGUUAUGUAAAAGCAAGUCGGUUGAGGAUCAAUAUUUAGAUCUAAAUGGGUGUUUAUCUUCUCCACCUGUACCUGUUUUGACUGAAGAUCAUUGUUCGCUGAUGGAUUCACCACUUCCUCUUGGUUGUGAUGUUGACGACGAGGUUCAGGAAAAAUACAUUGCUCUGUCUGAAAGCUGCUCUUCAGAUGUAAAUGGGAGUUUAUCUUCUCCACCUGUACCUGUUUUGACUCAAUAUAAUUGUUCGCUGAUGGAUUCACCAUUUCCUCUUGGUUGCGAUGUUGAUGACGAGGUUCAGGAGAAAUACAAGGCUCUGUCUAAAAGCUGCUCUUCAGAUGUAAAUGGGAGUUUAUAUUCACCACCCGUACCUGUUUUGACUCAAGAUAAUUGUUCGCUGACGGAUUCACCACUUCCUCUUGCUUGCAAUGUUGAUGAUGAGGUUCAGGAAAAAUACAGGGCUCUGUCUAAAAGCUGCUCUACUGAAGAUGAUAGUGUUGACUUAUCGACCUCUGUUCAGUCAUCUGAACGUGUGCUUCCAUUUUUUUGCGAUGAAAAAGAAGAAACUGUGGCUGUCAUGUCUUCCACCUAUUGUACAUCUCCAAGUUCUUGUAUGACUACAAAGUCUUCCUGCGCAGAGUUUUCUAAGGAGGCUGAUGAUGUCCUGCACUCUCGUGGUUCCGGAGUAUCUGACUGUUGCACUCAUGAUAUUUCUGCUGCAUCUUCCACAAAGUCUCUAAUGAUGGAAUCAAAUGAUAACACAUUGCACACCGAUAGGUCAGAAUUUUUGGAUGGUUCAUUUAAAAUCUUCCAUGAAGAACAUUUCAAGAAAGGCCAUUCGGAAAUUUUAAUGUCUCCAUCUGAAUCUGAGUUUAUGUAUGGACUCGGUGCUCGAAUUGGGGACCUUGAUUUGGACAACGUCGACCUUUCCUCAAAUGUAAAGCAUGAUGAUGGAAGAAGUGUCAAUUUAUACAGCAAAUUUCCCCAACCUAGCUCUUAUAGAAGAAAAAAUUUCAGUUAUUAUAAGAAAUUAAUACACGGUGCGUUUACUUCUCGAAAGAGGAUAGCCAAGGAAUACGAGCAGUUGGAAAUAAUGUAUGGUGACAUUGAUGUGGAAUCAAAACAGCUUUUUACGCAAAGUUCCGUGUCCUCAUUUCUGAACACACCUCUACAUGCGGAAGAAACACAGUCGUCUCAGGAGAUGAGUGAAAAUGACUGGCAGCUGCUGUGAGUGUCGCCUUUCCAUCGGUAACUCUGGAGGCCAUUUCUUCAACCAUAUAUAUAUUUAGUCUAUAUUACAAAUGUGAGGACUUGGUACGGAAGUUAUCAAAUUUGCAUUACUUUAAAACUUCAGAUUUCUUUGUUUUUGUUUUUUGGGAAAAAAACUAACAGCUGCUUUUGGCUAGUGUUUUUAUGAAAAAUUGUUUCUUUUAUUAAA